GCUCUGUCUUGUCUGUCUGUGUGCUGUCAGUGUCCAUUUUGCUCAGCGACUCAUCACUGUGUGAGAAAAGGGACGUGUGGCGUGAGAGCGUGAAAACAGUGUACAUUGCGUGAGAGUUGGCAGCCCUGUACGCUUUUGAAUUCUCAAAGCUGAUCUCAUGAUAAGGAGUACAAAGGUACCAGACGAAUCAACUGAUGCUUCUGCAUCCUAAACUUCCAUCCAAGCCAACCCAACAUCAGAUUUCAAAAUGGGGCUUUGUAAACAAAAGAAGGUUUACUUUGUGGUUCUGCUGAGCUUAAUCUGUAUUUGUACUGUGACUAUAUAUAAAGAACCUUAUGAAAAUAUCAUUUAUUUUGUCAACAAUACCAUGGCGGAGCGUUUCUUUCAUAAAGAACCCUGUGCAUGUAUGGAAAGAUGUUUGACGGCAAAUGAUGAUGAGUGGUUUAUGGAAGUCUUCAGAGAAGAUAUUCCACCACUUCUCUCUCUUGAAAACAGCGAGCUGUCUGACAACAUCUAUAAGUGGUGGCAGCGUUUACAGUCUUCCAAGAUAAAGGCUAAUUACUCUGAAGUAAUUAAGGAGCUGUUUGCAGUCAUUCCUGGAGAAGGACACUACAGAGACGCCGGUCCACAUCGCUGCCGAACCUGUGCUGUUGUGGGAAACUCUGGCAACCUUUUAGGGUCACACUAUGGUCCUCUUAUAGACAACAAUGAUUUUGUAAUCAGGAUGAAUAAGGCACCAAUUGAAGGCUUUGAGAAUGACGUGGGGUUCAGGACUACCCACCGGAUCAUGUACCCAGAAAGUGCAACCCAUCUGGACAACACCACCCACCUGGUGCUAUUGCCCUUUAAAACACUGGAUAUCCAGUGGGUCACCAGUGCUCUAACUACUGGAACUAUCAAACGAACCAGAUUUAAGGUUAUAGACAAGAUACAAGCCAACAAGGACUAUGUGAUGGUUAUUCACCCUGCUUUUAUGCAUUACGUGCACAAUACGUGGCUGCACAUCAAGUCACCAAGAUCUUAUCCAUCCACAGGUUUCCUUGUGCUGAUGUUUGCCACACACAUCUGUGAUGAGGUCAAUGUGUUUGGGUUUGGCUCAAACAGUAAAGGGACUUGGCACCACUAUUUCGAGAAGGUGCCCAGGUCUUUCAAACGCACUGGAAAACACAAUGGACAGUCCGAGUACAAAAUUAUCUUGGAUCUUCACAAAAGGAACAUAAUUACUCUUUACCCUGGAUGGUGAGAAGGACUAUAUGAGUCUGAGUAUGGCCAGUAAUAUGAAUGUUUAAUGAAAUUAACUUUUUUUAUGUCAUUAAAUGUUCUGUUGUUUCUAUCUAUCUAUCUAUCUAUCUAUCUGUCUAUCAGGGAUGGGACGAUAUAUCGAAUUUCAAUGAAUCGUAAACCAAAAAAAUUACAAACCAUAUCGUGGCAUAACUCGGCAUUUCGAAAUUUGAAACAUUGUUUUCUGUCCAUGUGAUCAUAAAUUAAAUGACCCAUCAAACAUUGUUUUGAUGAAAAGUGCUUGAGAUUAAAACAGAUUGCUUCCUCCUUGCAGAGUCCAUAAAAAAGAUGAGGCGAUUCCACUUUCAUUGAAUAAUUGUCAUGUAUAUUUUGUUGGUUCAUGUUUUUCAUGUCUUUUAUUUUGAAAUUCUAGUUCCUGUUUCAUGUCAUGUGGUUCCCUUGUCAUGUGAUUUCAUGUUUCCCUCCAUGUUCUUGUGUCUUGUUUUUCAUUGGUUGAUUGUCUUGUUAUCUUGUUUAGAGUUCUUUGUGUUUAUUGGUUAUCUUUGUCAUGUGUUCUCUCAUGUCAUGUAUUUAACCCUCAUGUUUUCCAUGGUCCAUUGUCAGGUAUUGUGUGUGUGAAUGUACUUUGAUGGAUUAGCCAAGUCCAAGUCCAAGUCCAAGUCCAAGUCCAAGUCCAAGUCCAAGUCCAAGUCCAAGUCCAAGUCCAAGUCCAAGUCAAGUUUAUGUUGUCAUGUUAUAUUCAAGUUCAUGUUUUGUAUUUUGUUCACGUUUGUAGUUAGGGUUUUUGGAUUUCACGUUUGGAAUAAAUUUGCAUUUGGGUUCUUCA